CCUGCGCGCUUUGGUACAAAGCAGCAGCUGAGGACAGGUCGAGCCAGCCUUUAAAGCCACAGAGACCCCCGCUGCCAGCAGUCGGCUUCAGCUGCUACGGUGCGUGUGGAUCGGGGGGACCGAGCUGCUCUCUGCGCGGUAGUUGGGGUCGGUGCCGGAGCUGGACGCCGGGGUAGUUCUGACUUAAACUCGCGGGGAUUUUGGACCGUACCGAGCGUUCCGCAGACAGCAGCUGGGACUGACCUCCGGCACGGAUUCAUCUGGACUUCCUACAAUGUUUGAAACGGAGGGAAGAAGCAUGUCACGGCUGUCGCUGACCCGGUCCCCGGUCUCUCCUCUGGCCGCCCAGGGCAUCCCUCUGCCGGCACAGCUGACCAAGGCAAACGCCCCCGUGCACAUCGACGUCGGGGGGCACAUGUACACCAGCAGCCUGGCGACCCUCACCAAGUACCCAGACUCCAGAAUCAGUCGUCUGUUCAACGGCACCGAGCCCAUCGUGUUGGACAGCUUGAAGCAGCACUACUUCAUAGAUCGGGACGGCGAGAUAUUUCGCUACAUUCUCAGUUUCCUGAGGACCAGCAAGUUGCUUCUUCCAGAAGACUUCAGGGACUUCCACCUGCUCUACGAGGAGGCCCGCUACUACCAGCUGACGCCCAUGAUCAAGGAGCUGGAGCGCUGGAAGCAGGAGCGCGAGCAGCGGAGGAUGGCGCAGCCCUGCGACUGCUUGGUGGUCCGGGUCACGCCCGACCUUGGCGAGAGGAUCGCCCUGAGCGGCGAGAAGGUCCUCAUAGAGGAGAUCUUCCCCGAGACUGGAGAUGUCAUGUGUAACUCCGUCAACGCUGGCUGGAACCAGGACCCAACGCACGUCAUCCGCUUCCCCCUCAACGGCUACUGCAGGCUCAACUCCGUCCAGGUGCGGAUGUGUUUGCAGAGGAGAAAUAAAAAAGCAACUGAACUGUGACCAGAAAAUUUAGCUCCACCAUCAUUUGUUUGAUGCGUCAUGUGACCCGGCCUAGAAAUGCCACCUUCUGAAAAGCAUCAGUUGUACUAAUUUGGUACAAUUCAGAUUUCUGAAAGGCACAUUUGAUAGUUUUUGCUUGCUUUAGCUCCCCCUACAGUCCAUUAUAAUUCAUAAAGCUGAAAGUGAAACUUAUCUCCUAGCUGUGUGUUCGUGUUGUUAACACCUUAAUCUACAGUUGAAAUGUCUCCCAGCCUUCAUUAAUGUCUACAAGAGUGGUUCAUCACUAAAUUAAACAAACCAGAUGUGUUCUUGUCUAAAACAUGCAGACUCCAGAACCAGCACCUGUGACAGGGUGAGUGUCCUGCAUCCCGACUGAUCAGACGCCCUGGCUACUCGGCCAAGGGGACGUCCCUUUGGCUGACUGGUUAGUGAGCGUGACUCUCACUCAGGUGUACGAGGAUCGGAUCCCGCCCGGGCCCUCGUUUCUCCACCUCGCCACACGUGUCUGCCUUUAGUGUCGACUAACAGACUGGUCCGGACACUCUGAAGUUGCAAGUGCGGUAUUCUGGCCACAGAGGGAUCUGAGUGACAUGUUAUUAACGCUGUAACGGGUCACGUAAGCACAUCAUGGCUCAAGAACAUGAUUUACAAAUAUGAAAAUGUUUGCCUUUAAUUAUUGAGAAGGCCCCAAAUUAGAAAAUUCCAGAAAUAUCAGUUAUGAUCUUGUUUGAAUGGAACGCAACAGUGAAGAUUUUCUGGUAUAAAAUAGGAACGUAUCUGGUGGCUGACAUAGCUCUUCAUCAGGGCCAGUUUCAGGUAGAGUCAGGCACAUCCACGGGCAUCCCAGGGCUAUGUCCACAUUUUAUUUAAAGAGCAAGUCACCCCCUACCAGAGUAUUACUCCACUCCCACUUCCUGUUUGAAAAAUGCAACAAAUGCUGUUGCCUAGCAGACCGAGAGGGCGGAGCCGCUAACAAAUACACACACACACACAGGCUCACAACGACAUUGUGACAUCAUAUGGUACCAGCUAACGUUCUAGGGUACCUCUUAGCCAAUAGCGGUGGCAGAUUUAAAUUCAAAUGCAGUGCAGAGUUUUUACCUGACAACGGCACAACACUGACAGUUUCAGGCAGAAAAUUAAAAUUUUAAAUAAAAAGCACUAAAGUGCAAAACUAUUGACGACACGUGUCUGCAGCACGAUUAGACACACAUUUAUAUAGUUUAUCAGGAAAAAAAGUUGAUUUGGGGGUGACUUGCUCUUUAAAUAAAUAUUUACGCGACUGAAAAACCUUUACUUGGUAAAUGCUCAAACUCGUCCAAGGUUUCUUUUUAUUUACCUGUUUUAUGUUAACUACUUGGUCCGUUGGUCCAUCCGCUGUUUUUAGUGACACUUUAGUGUGUAAAUCAGCAGGAAAACGUCGGGAUGUCGUAAACACCCCCCACCAAAGAUCGGCUGGCUGUAUCGUUAUCCCUGGACUCGUGUUUCCAGCUCCUCCCAAACCUGACGCACCUUCCGGGCUCUUUAACCGUCAGCUGGGAACGUUUCCAGAUUACAGCGACUAAUUUGUCUUUUAACUCUGCGUGUUUUUUUUAACUAAAAGUCUUGGAAUUUUAUAAGAAAACUUUUAAAGCAUCGGAGCAACGUCCUCGCUUGCUCCACAUCCAGAGAUCCCUGUUAGUCCUGAAGAAGCUGGGUGAGAAGCACCGGCUCACACCCCCACCCCGCGUGUCACGUGUGUCGAUCGGUUGUGAACUUUUCUCCACGAGGAGCAGGAGCCUUGCGGCUCCUCCUGAGAGGUGCGACUGUGCCUCUGCCCCAUGGUGGCCAUCAAUAUUCCAUGACAUUCCUGCUUCCAGCCUCCAGUCUCUGCGCUUUGAUUCCCGCCUCACCCACCGUCUUCAUGCCGUUGCUGGGAAGUUGGAGAAAUGUGGCUAAUAUUCCCCCCUCCCGUUCCCAUGGCGACCCCCAGCCGAGUGGCAGCUCUUUCAGCUGGAUAGACGUGGGACGGCAGAUGAAGCGGAUCUGCUCCGGUCUCACAGGAAGAACAAAAAGGUUGGAAGUUCUGCAGCAAACUUUGGCGUGUCCCCCUUUCUGUUUUCAGAGCUGCAACCGUCCUGAUGGGGGGGUUAAAGCGGUGGACAUGAAACAAAACCCCAAGAGGGAAUAACUACUGAUUAACAAUAAUUCCAUUUCAUGGAAAUCAUCAUGCUCCGAAUGGGUCGAUCCGAUUGCUCUGCAUGCGGCUCGCCGGGUCUCGUAGCUCGAGUCACGCCGAAAAAGAAAGCUGGGAAUUAAACCUGAACAGGAACGACAUCAUCGGAGAUCUGAGCGGCGGCAGAUCGCAGAUCAGAACCGAGCUUUUACAUCAUCAGCGGGGAUCGGAUCCAGGACGCCAUCCUGUGGACAUCAGAGGCCUGUCUCUCAGAUCCGGUUUAAUUAUUCUGUGUACCCCCCCCCCCCGGCUGUGAUUCUCUGUGACAAAAGCGACUUUUACGGCCUUUUAUCCUCGCCGCGUCUCUGAGUCGUUCCAGCCGUCGAUAACAACAUCCUAAAGUGUUUCCAGACGAUCCGUAUUGAUCGGGCCCUUCUCCUCUGUGACCAAACGCACGGCUGAACGUGACGGCGUCCCACAUGUGUUAGGAGAUGGGGGGGUGCAGCGUGAUGCAAUGAUCAAAGACGGCGAUGUAACAUCAUUUCCAUAAUCGUUAGGCUCCUCCGUCGUCUGUCAUGGGUUUGGGAGCAUUUGAUGCUCGGGCAGGUCUCUUAAUUAGCCGUCCUCUCCAUCAGCUGUCUGCCGCUCCUUCCGUCUCACAGAUGACAGUUUGUCUCCGUCAUGUGGACGGAGGGACGGCGGGGACCUGAUCCGGGUUUUAGCUUUAGUCCCGUCCAGCUGCAGGCCUUGGACUCCGAGGCCCGGAUCCGGCCUCUGACGGGGCUCACGCGUGUCCGUGCGUGCAGGCGUGUCGGGAGGAACACGGAGUUCUGUGUGAUCUCUGACUCUGGAUCUGGCGGGAAGGCUUGGCUCUGGGCGAGACCUUUCAUUUCAGCACGCUGCACACUCCAUUAGGAGGAGAGGAGGAUAAGUAAACACUCCUCUCUGGGAGUUAGAGAUGUAAGCCCUCCGAAAAGAGGAAGAAAAAAACAACAUCCCACUUGGUUUACCGCAGACGGGGAGAGGAAAGCCGCUCCCGUUCACGUGUUUGAGGGUUUGGACCGGAGCGUGUCCGUGCCCGGGCCUCAGGGCCAACAUGCAUCCCCGUCUCCUGUUUCUACCCCGCAGCUCCCACAAUUUGUCCUCCUCCCGCCGACCUCCCGAUCCUCAUCCUCAUUCUCCGCACGUUGAGCUUCUCCUCGCUCACGUACCUCACCUCUCCUCUCACCCCGGCCUCAUUACUCAAAUUAGGAGCUGCAGUAAUCACGGCGCCGGCUCUCCCUCCGAGCCCGUGGCCCCUCGGUUCAAUCCAAAGCAAGUGGCAUGAAUAUUGCAGAGGUGGUGUGAUGUUGGGAUGCCCUCUGGUUUUAUCUGUCUGUGUGAUUGGGUGCAGAGGAGCCGGGUUGAUGACACAUGCUGCACGCGGUGACUGAUGACCAUCUUCAACACUUGAGCUGAGAUUACAUCAGCAUCCUUCACGUCUGUUUGCUGAAAACUUCCUCCGUCGUCUCGGAACGGCUUCAACAGCCAGAAAGUUGGCGAACUGGAGCAGAAGCAGGAAUAAAUCUGAGUUUUUGGAGGUUUUCCUGCUCAGCCGAGUUAAUAAGAAACAAAACCCUACUAAACAUCACAGGAGUGCUAAAUGAUCGUGUUGUACACUGGA